AUCAAAACUACGACUCAAAGUUUUCGAUAUUUAAAAACAUUUAUUUGCAUCAGACGUCAAAGAAAUGCAAACUUCUGUUUUUAUCGCUGCUGUACAAAAAACAAAAAUUUGGCAUAAUCGAAAUUGAAUGAAUCGUAACGUCGUACAUUAAACUUGUUUCACAUGUUUAGCGUUACAAUUCAGUGCGCCUUGUUUGUUUCUCACCAUGAUUGUGUUUAAGGACAUGAUUACUGAGGAUGAAAUGUUCACAGACUCUCACUGUCCUCGUGUCGUCGCGGAUUUCUUUUAUGAAGUAGAAUCGAGGUUUACGACAACUUCAAGUAAGGUGGAUGGGAGACUUAUUGGCGCCAACCCUUCUGGUGAGGGUGAAGACGAUGAAGAUGUGGAUGAUACGAGUGAAAGGGUCAUUGAUUUAGUUCACGCUAAUGGUUUCAUUAGUGUUCCUUAUGACCUAAAAUCAUACAAAGCUCAACUUAAAUCGUAUUUAAAAGCUAUAAAAGAACGUUUGCAAAAGACUGAUCCAGACAAGCUACCCUUACUUGAAAGUCAGGUCAACAAGUACAUGAAAGAUGUCUUUGCAAACUUUGACCAAUAUGAAUGUUUCACGGGGCCGUCAACUAAUCCUGAAGCCAUGGUAGUUUUGAUGAACUUCCGUGAGGACGGUAUGACACCAUACUUCGUUUUCUUCAAGGAUGGAUUGAUUCACGAAAAAUGUUAAGGCGCCUCGUCUUUGGAAUCUUGGAAAUCAUGAACAUCUUGUAAUUUACAAAUACAAUGUGAUAUGUUUCUGAAUUACUGCUUUUCUCAGUGAAUGUAUACAUUAUCAAGUCAAUCGCUCAGAGUAAGGGAAAGUGAGUUGGUCGUAAAGAUCAUUGUCUUGAUCGCCUAAGCAACGUCUAAUGGUUCAAAUGGUUGUAAAAAAAGAAUGACUUUCGGUUAAUGGACUUCCGUAUCCAUGAAUUGCCGAUGCUUAGAGGUAUGAACCUGGGCAUGCUUAUCAAACGUAAGAGUAAUGUUGGUAAAUAAUGUUGAAGUACUGUUCUAAAACCUUAGUAAUGUCCAGUUUCCUCUUGAAAGACUCCUGAGAAAUCUCUUAGACCAUCUCAGCCAACCACCACCGAACUAUCUUGUAAUAAGUUAAACCACGCGGAUUAGCUCUUCACCGCAAUGUGAUUGUAAAAACGGUCUUUCGACUUUACGUAAGUGCCCAAGUCACUCAUUCGACCACCAGUAUAAUCAGAACGUCCGCAACACUUCAGCUCCUUGGCACUAGGUAUUACGAAGACGUAUUUUUCGUAGCUGUUAUAGUGUACUAAUAUGAUUAGUUGUCUUAUCAACACAAAUAAUAAAACCAGAAAUAUCAAGCUUUAGUCUGAUCAUUCCAAGCAUAACAGUAAACGAGUCCACUAGAUUUUGUACUUCAUUGUGAGGCGUUAAACCUCGGCCGGUUGUAUCGUCAAUUCAAAUCAGUUUACAGAAGAUUGAAGACAUCGACUUUGGCGAGUUCUAAAAUGUUUAGUGUCAAUGUGAACAAGAAACAAGUUUAAUUAGUCCUGUAGAAUCUAAGACUAUCAAUGGGUAAUAAAAUUCAAUACCUAGUCGGUUAUCGCAUUAUGUUUUCACUACGAUUAUGAUUGAUCUCCCACUGAUCACUAAUAUAUCUCGUUUGUGACAAUGUUAUUUCUAUUUCUGUGUUAGCGACCUUAAAAAUUCGACAUUGUGAAUGGCUAAACAUGUGCCAGAAACGGCUCAGAC